AUGAUCGAAGAAUAAAAAUAAGAGGGUGAAGAAGAGUAAAUAAUUGAAAUCGAAAAAGAGUUAAUCCCACCAAAUAAUACUUUAUAUGUAAACAAUUUAAAUGAGAAUGUAAAAAUAAAUGAAUUAAUUCCCGAAUUAAAAAGAAUAUUUGAAGAAUUCGGAGAUGUUAUUUAAAUUAAAGCCAAAAGAAAUAUUAAAAUGAGAGGUUAAGCAUUUAUUACUUUCUAAGAUAUACCCACAGCCGAAAAAGCCUUAGAAAACUGUUAAGGAAGAAAGCUAUAUGGAAAACAAAUGGAAUUAGUUAAUAAAAUGGAAGUUCGUCUUGUCCCUUAGAAGAAAGUUGCUUUUGUUGAAUAUGAAGAUGAAUUUAAAGCAGGAGUUGCUUUAUAAUCUUUAUCCACUUUCAAAAUCGGAGAUAAUAUAGUGACUGUAAAUUAUGCGAAAGCUUGA